AUGUCAGACGAUCCAUUUUUUACUGUUAAAGAGUAUAAUAAAAUUUCAGUAAUUUCUUUAUUAGGAGAAAUAGAACAAAAUUUCACGACGGUAACAACCUUAUUCGAAAGCUGGAAUCGUAUCUUUAGUACAGUUUCAUCUAGGAAUAAUGAAGAAUUACGAAGAACAGAAGAAGAAUUAAAAUCAACCUUACAAGAUAUAACAACUGAUCUGGAUGCUAUACGAGUUGUUGAAAAUCACCCUGAUAAAUUUAGUUUAACAAAACGUGAAAUAGAAUCACGUCGUGAAUUUGUUGAACAAACAAGGUUGCGAUUACAGGAGAUUCGAAGAUCCUUGGAAAAUAAUCGUCAUCAAGAAUUAAUUGAUGGACAUAAAUCAACAAAAUUAUUCGAGCAAGUUAGAUCAAAAUCAAGAUAUGAAGAAGUUAUAGAAAUGGAUAAUACUAAAUUCAUAGAAAAUGAAUCUUUACAACAAACCAUUUUGCUAAGAGAACAAGAUGAUCAAUUAGAAUCAUUAUAUGGAACUGCCAGAAAUAUUCAUGAAAUUGCUACAACGAUGGGAACUGAAUUAGAGGAUCAAAAUAUAUUGUUGGAUGAAUUUGGAGAUCAAGUUGAUAGAACUCAAGGAAGAUUGGACAAAGCUAUGAGGAAAGUAGCUUAUAUUAUUAAACAUAAUGAAGCUUACGUAGAAAAAUUACUUAAUCUCUGCAAGACAAAUAACGCUAAGCUUGUAUUCUUGAAAGGACUAUCGAAGAAGUCUGUUUCUGGGUUUCCUAGUAAUGAAAAGAUCCAGGAUAUACUUCUGAUUGAAUAUUGGAUGGCAAUAGAGAGUAUAGCAAUGUAUAAAGAGGAUUUGUUUGUCAAGCUGCCUAAUGGCGUCUAUAUGUUAGGAGAACCAGACGGACCUUCAGCUCUGUUUGUCCGAAAUUAUUACCAUGAUCUGGCAACUGUCGUCCUUGAUAGUACUAUAAGAAUACGAAUCACCGGUAAUCCGGGAAUUGGCAAAUCAUAUUUUGGAUAUUACCUACUAUAUAUUUUUAAAAAACUUUCAAAUAUUUGA